UAUCCGUCACUGCCGCACCUGCGCGUCUUGUAAAACCCAGAGAGGAUUCGGAAAGGAGUCGGAAAGUCAGGCUGGGGUGAUUAUACAAGGAGGUCUGUAAACACUGCAUAAAGGAGUCAAAACUCAGAAGUCCUCUUUAUAUUGUCGCUAUUUAAGGUUCAAUACUAGCUCAGCGUUUGCGGUCAGCCGGUGAACUGUAGGCGACCCAGAGCGCUUCUACCAGCUGGACAAACAAUAAACAUCUCUUUGCUGUCACAUCAUGAACCCCGAAUAUGACUACUUAUUCAAGCUUCUUCUAAUUGGAGAUUCAGGGGUUGGAAAAUCCUGCAUUCUUUUACGAUUUGCAGACGACACCUACACAGAGAGUUUCAUCAGCACUAUCGGAGUGGAUUUCAAGAUCCGGACUAUUGAGUUGGAUGGAAAAACUAUUAAACUGCAGAUAUGGGACACUGCUGGACAGGAGAGAUUCCGAACGAUUACAUCCAGUUACUACAGAGGAGCUCACGGGAUCAUUGUCGUGUAUGAUGUUACAGACCAGGAGUCCUACAACAAUGUGAAACAGUGGCUGAAGGAAAUUGACCGCUAUGCGAGUGAGAACGUCAACAAACUACUUGUAGGGAACAAGUGUGACCUCACUACAAAAAAAGUUGUGGACUACACCACAGCUAAGGAGUUUGCUGACUCUCUUGGCAUCCCCUUCCUUGAGUCGAGUGCCAAAAAUGCCACAAACGUGGAGCAGGCCUUCAUGACCAUGGCAGAGGAAAUAAAGAAACGAAUGAGACCAGGGACUUCAGGGGGUUCAGAGAAGCCUGAUCUGAAAAUCGAAAGCACCCCAGUACAACAGUCAGGUGGUGGGUGCUGUUAGGACACUCUCAUAUAUUCUCAGGGAGAGUGAUGAGCAGACAGGUUUUGAGGAUGGGACACUAAUGAGUAUUGUGUGGAGGUGGCAAAUCUGGAUAUUAGUGACAGACUUUCUCCUAUGAUGUUUAACAAAAGAAGCCCUCACAUGGCUCCUCCCAUGUUUUUGUUUACAUGUUUAAAAAUGAAGAUAAAAGCACAGGCACAUGUUGAUUAAGAUUAAAAAAAAAUUAUGAAAUAUGUCCAGAUCACUGUGUAACAACAAUUGAUCCAUUAAUAUGAUUAUUCAAAAAUACUUUAUAAUCUGCACACUGGGAGUUGCAGCUCGCUGAAUUGGUGCCUUUUCUUGUUCGUGCUUUACAAGAAGAUCUGUGCCAGAGUUGUUGAGUGGUUAUUGCAAGUAUUAUACAUCAGCUUAGUAAGGCUCUGACUUUCCAAACGUAUGUGGAGUUAACUGUGGUUCUGUAAAAAUAAACUAUGUUGUUUUGUGUUCA